UUUCUUUCUGGUCAUUACAGGCGCGCGCGCAUAUAAACACCGGUACGCACGUGCGCAUUUCUCAACAGGUUCACAGAGGUUUGGGUAAGAGCUGUCUCAGUCUCUCUUCCUCUCUCUCUCUCUUUCUCUCUUCCUCACUCGCCCUCCAAAAACCCGAAAGCUGUUGGCUCGCGCGCGCUCUGUAAUUAUUCCACUCUCGCGCAGAAGAGUGCAGGCUGCUGAAAGCUCCGCACCACUUUCCAUUUCUUCCCUCCGCACUGCGAUUCCGCGAGGUGGCGGGUCUACUGGCGGACACUAACUAGCCCAACACCUGGAAAGAGCGUUCGCGAGGGCACGGAAACGUGUUUAGAGGUGCCUCGAGGAGACAACAAAUGUUCGAGACCCACGGCCACUGCCCCCAGACCCGACGGGGAGGGAGACAAGCAGAGCAGUGAUGGGACAGUUUUCGGGAGGAUGCUACUUGAGUUUUGGCAUCCUCGUGCUUCUCGGUUCGCAAGUCCCGUCCACAUUAUCUAGAGGUCCUCGAGGUGAGGCCCUGCAGCAUGGCCAAUCUGGGACACUGCCCCUCUUCCUGGAAGAGCCUGUCGAUGCUUACAUCGUCAAGAGUAACCCCAUCAAGCUCCGGUGUCAAGCUCGGCCUGCUCUUCAAAUCUUCUUCAAGUGCAACGGUGAAUGGGUCCACCAGAGCCAGCACAUGUCUCAGGAGCACACAGACCUGGGGACAGGGCUAAAGAUCCGUGAAGUUAUGAUCAACGUCUCACGUCAGCAGGUGGAGGACUUUCACGGCCCAGAGGACUACUGGUGUCUGUGUGUCGCCUGGAGUCACCUGGGAACUUCCAAGAGCCGCAAGGCAACUGUCCGGAUCGCCUACCUGAGGAAGAACUUUGAGCAAGACCCCCAAGGCACUGAGGUGCCUCUGAAUGGCAUGAUUGUGUUGCACUGUCGUCCCCCAGAGGGAGUGCCUGUGGCUGAGGUGGAAUGGCUAAAAAAUGAAGAGCCUCUCAGCUCCGAGGGUGUCAUUGAUACAAGAGGCGACCAUAAUCUCAUCAUCUCAGAAGCUCGCCUCUCUGAUUCCGGAAACUAUACCUGCAUUGCCAGCAAUAUUGUGGCCAAGAGACGCAGUGCAACAGCCACUGUUGUAGUCUAUGUGAAUGGAGGCUGGUCAUCGUGGACAGACUGGUCACCCUGUAAUGUACGCUGUGGCCGCGGUGUGCAGAAACGUUCACGCACUUGCACAAAUCCAGCUCCUCUCAAUGGGGGAGCCUUCUGUGAGGGCAUGUCUGUACAGAAGAGCACCUGCAACACACUGUGCCCAGUGGAUGGCAGCUGGGGAGAGUGGAGCGAGUGGUCGGUGUGUAGUUCAGACUGUGAGAGGCAGCGCAGCAGAGAGUGUACAGCUCCGGAGCCCAAACAUGGAGGACGGCUGUGUGACGGUGUGGCGCUGGCUACAGACAACUGCACUGGCAGCCUCUGCACACAGAAUCGAAAGUUGCUACAUGAUGCUAAACCACAGGGUGUGGAGAACAGCAGUGAUGUGGCCUUGUAUUCGGGCCUUGCUGCAGGGGUGGUGACAGUGGUGCUUCUGAUCAUCGCUGUCACACUUUACAGAAGGAGUCAGAGUGAGUACGGUGUUGAUGUCAUCGACUCCUCAGCCCUCACUGGGGGCUUCCAGUCCUUCAGCUUCAAGACCUCCCGUCAAGCAAACCCACUGCUUAUUAAUUCAUCCAUGCAACCCGAUCUGACAGUGUCGCGUACCUACACCAGCCCCAUGUGUUUUCAGGACUCCAUUGACAAGGAGCUGAUGGCCGAGCGCUCACUCCUUGACCCAUUGCCUGAUCUCAAGGUCAAAGGGGUGGCAGAGAGGGCAGAGUACCAUGUCAUGUCCCACCCUCAGACGUUUCCAAGGGGCCUGGCUCCAGACUAUAGAGGGGUUGCAGUGGGGACGACGCUGGGCAGAAGAGGCAAAAACCUCUUCACCCCACAAGUCUCUUUGACUCCCAGCAGGCCUCUCCACAAAGCGACUGCAGUGUUUGGUCAUGCUGGAGGGAGACUGGUGGUACCUAACACAGGUAUCAGUCUGUUGGUGCCUCAUGGGGGGAUCGCAGAAGACACUACCUGGGAAAUGUACAUGAUCAUCAACCAGGAGGACAGCAGUACUGUGUCCGAGGACGGGCCAGAGACCUUUUUGAGCCCCGCAGUCACGUACGGCCCACCAGGCCUUGACCUGUCCUGUCCCAUAGCCAUGACCAUUGCCCAUUGUGCAGAAGUCGCUGCUGAUAAUUGGACCAUUCGACUAAAGAGACAAAUGCCGGACAACAAGUGGGAGGAAGUGAUGUCUGUGGACGAGGAGAGCACGUCCUGCUACUGUCUGCUGGAGGCCCAGAGGUGCCAUGUGCUGUUGGAGCAUCCGGGCCGCUACGCCCUGGUGGGGGAGCCGCAGAACCAGGAGGCAGCCAAGCGGCUGAGACUGGCUGUGUUUGGUAGUCCGGAUACGAGCAACUCUCUGGGCUUUACCCUCAGGGUCUACUGUGUGGACGACACGCCCCACACAUUUCAGGAGGUGGCAGUGGGCGAGCGCAGCAGGGGCGGGCGGCUGCUGGAGGAGCCUAAAAUGAUGCUGUUCCGGGGAAACACUUUCAGCCUCCAGGUGUCCAUCCAGGACGUCCCACAGUUACUCUGGAGCAUCAAGCCUUUCACCACCUGCCAGGAGUUCUCCUUUUCUCAGGUGUGGGCCAGUAACCAGCGUCCCCUGCAGUGUGCCUUCUCUUUGGAGCGAUACAGCCACUCAUCGUCUCAGCUCUCCUGCAAGAUCAGCGUCCGACAGGUCAAAGGCGACGAGCAGAUACUCCAGGUCUAUGCGUCUGUGGUGGAGAAUGAAAAGGGAGUGGUUCCCUUUUUCACGCAGUCAGACUGUACCAUCACCUCUCAGACAGGGUCAAGGGCCUUUAAAAUCCCCCUGUCCAUCCGUCAGCGGAUCAGCGCCACCUUUGAUACCACUAAUGUCAAGGGGAAGGACUGGCAGCUCUUGGCUCAAAAGCUCCACAUUGACAGGAACCUGUGCUACUUUGCAUGUCAGGAGAGCCCAUCAUCAGUUAUUCUGAGUCUAUGGGAAGUCCAGCACCAGGACUCAGGGGACCUGGACUCUCUGGCCAGUGCCCUUGAGGAAAUCAGCAAGGUCCAGUCCCCCAGGACCGCCACUAUUGACUGUAGCAGAGAAGAACGGGACUCAGAAUUCACUAAACUUGGGUAGGUCAGGUCAACAGCAGAUCAAAUAAUGACGAACCUUUACUGCAUGAACACUGGUGAUCAGGUGUACUAGCUAACCUAAUGGUGAGGAGGAGAACGAGCAAAGAGGACAACAGGGAAACUCAGUUUUGGACUGUUAUUAAAGGAACACCUCUGCUAAACCAAAUAGCGCAUUCAGACAGACGGGAAUCAAGGAACAACGAAGAGAGAGAAGAAAAUGAGUGGAGAACAAAUGCGGAAGGACUAAAGUAUUAUUGUGUUAUUGAGAGGCACCGAUAAAACUUUUUUUUUUUAAAAGAAGAAAGGGAUAUGCGUAUCCCACACCCAUCUUUGAUUGAGAAAUAUCAACUCCUGAAAAUGGAUUUGAUUACCUGUAUUUAAGGAUUAUGAAUAUCAGUGUGAAGAGGACUCUCUGCACAAGAUGGAGUGUGUUUUAGACAGACUGCUAAUCAGGCUGGCGUUGUGACAUUCCCAGGAUCGGAUGUGCUGGCACUUGCCCUCAAACAGUCCGCUAGGCUGUUGUUUAAUGUUUGUCAUUAUGUUGUCAUUCAUUUCUGACAUGUUUCUUUUUCUUUUGUUGACUGUGUCUCUAAUGUUACUGCUGGAGAUAGAGGAGAAAACAGAAAGUAAGGAAUAUUGGAUAUUCAUUUUUUUUCAGAACUUCUUGUCCAUACUGCGUGGUCAGAGAUACUAAUAAUGACUAUCCACACAGAUUAGCAUUUAAAGUUAUUUGAUGAUGUGCUUAAACAUCAGACAUGCUAAAAAAUGUAUAAGAGAUGACUUUACAAAGGGUCUGACAGUGAUAACUAGGCACUGAUCACGUGGAUACCAAUCAUUUUAAGAACCAGCCACCAUGUAGAACAUUUUAACCCCAUUAGCAGAACACAUGCAAAGGCUGCAGAAAAGGAUAAGUAACUACAUUGUACAAUGCAAUGCACCUGGCAAUGCAACCAGAGGUGCACCUCAUCCCCUAAUGAUCAACUUCUGUUUGUUUGGAGGAAAAUGAAUGUCUCGCUGUGUUGUACAUACACUGCAGAUUUUUGUGGUGUUUACUUUCAAGAUUUUCAAAUUUUAAUGAAAAUCUUGGCUUUUGAUGUGUGGCUUGACUGAAGCUCCCUUUUUUGGAUCAUCUGGAUCAUCAGAUACCUGGACAUCAUUAUUUGGAGACACUUAGCCAACUCUCAUUGUCUUUUCUUCCCGGGCAGAGCCAGCAUCCAUUUGGAAAAAGAUAUCCUGUUCAGGAAGAUCCCUCAUUCAGUUGCUUCAUUUGCCCCUAAACUUAAUAAAGUGACUUUGUGUUGAACUCUGUGUUGGCUCUCUCUUUUCAUCUACUUAAUAAAUUAAUUUCUUGAAAGGCCUGACGGUCUACAUACUGUACAGUGGAGAAAUCGGCUACAGUAAAUCUACAAAAACUGUAUUCAGCAAAGAGAUGAAACAGAGAACCAUACAAAGUCCAAUUUUCAGAAAGAUGUAAAAGAACUACAUAAGCACUCUAAGUUUGGAUGGCAGCUCAUUGCUAAUUUACCAUGUUUAAGUUGCAUUGUGUAGCUGUUUUAACUGUACUAAAAGCCUGGACACGAAUUAGGUAGUUAAAACAAUUUAUGUGUAAGAGGACUUGUGACUUACUUUUCAACAUUCCUGACAGUCCAUUGGUUCUAACCUUAACAUCUGGUUAAAUGAGUGGUCCAUUAAAAAGCCUAUCAAGUAUCAAAUCCUCAAGUAAACCUCAGGUUCUGCAGAGUUGCUCAGCAGUGGCCCGUGCUCUGCAGCCGUCCAAAAAGUAAGAAUUCUCAGUAUUGUCUUUUAAAAUGGAUCAUUCCUUCUUAAAAGUACUUAAAAGUGUAUUUGGACAUUUUGGAAAAUUAGCAAUUCGCUUUCAUCCCAGGAGUUAGAGAAGGUUGAUACCACUUCUAUAUCUACGGAAAAUAUGAGGCUACAGUCAGGAGUUAGCUUAACUUAGCAUAAAAACAGGAAACAGGGGGAAACAGCUAGCUUUGUUCUGUCAAAGGUAACAAAAUUCGCCUACUAACACACCACCGACACAAGAUACCUUGUUUGUUUAAUCUGCACCAAAACUGCUGUGUAAAAAUGACAGUUUGCAGUUUUACGUGGGGUUUUGUGCAGGACUAUUUCUUGGCCCGGCACAUUUACUGUCCCCUGUUUCCAUUCUUUACUCCAAGCUAAGCUAAGCUAACAGAAAUGAAAGUGGUAUCAAUCUUCUCUUCUAAUUUUGAGCCAGAAAGCGAAUUUAAUAUCAUAAAAAUGUCAAACAACUCCUUGAAUAAACUAAGACUCCCAGAUUUCAUAUUCAAGAUGCAAAAGGAUAUAUUAAAUUCAAGUGUGCUCAUGCAAUCCUACAAUUCUGAAAAUCUGAUUUCAUUCCAUUACUGCCAGAUAAUCAAACUGGAAAUAACCAGUCAUCAGUCGGCAAGCCAUUGUCAUGCUAUCUAUAUGGAUCAAAGAACACCUUGUGUGCAGACAAUGCUCUUUAAGGAGGGACUGAUUCUCCACUAACAGCUGAUUACACAGUUCACAGUGUUAAAAGACCAAAGUUUGGAAUACAUUUACACCAGUUAUCACAUGCAGUUAGACCCUGUAUAGAUUCUGAACCUUAACUAAACAUGUAAAAUACUUUUCUCUAUACUUUGUGUUUAAUAUAUCAUGAAGUGGAGCUAGCAAUCAUACACCGACCUUUUAAACCUCUUAAAGCAGCAAGAAAACCAGGUUUUCUCAAUUUCAGGGUGACUCUUCCUAUAAGCACUGAAACUGUCUCGACUCAUUAGUCCUCAUCUCAUCAAAUGCACCAAAGAGAGUUGCAGAAGUAGAAUAAUGGUGUUUUCGGAGAUUUUAAGAAGAAAUCAUUUUUGGAAUGUUAAAAUGUUGAAAUCUUACAUUUCAUGAAGUGGUUUGUCAAGGUUAUAUGAAACUUGAUGAAACCAACUAGUUUCAUCAGUACUCUAGUCCUCAGUAAUGGAUACCAGCAUGGAUAUUUGUUAUUUAAGAUCUCAUAGACUUUUUUACUGCUUUUUUCAUUCCAGUGCUUGUUUCCUCCUAUUGAGGUCAACAGUUUCUUUCUAAGAACAUUAUAACAAGAAUUUCAAACUAAUUUCUAGCAUGCUGAAACCUGUGGAUGAAUGUGUCCCACAGUGCCACCUGGAAGAGCAAUCUUAGCUAUUCAAGGUGUAGUACCUCCAGCAGAGCUGUAGUGUUUGGCUAAUGGUGGCAAACAUUGCUUUUCUUUGAAAAAGAUUAUUACUGUAGCUUCUGUCAAAAGAGGAAAAAAUCAUCUGAAUUGAAAGACAAUUUCCUGAGCUAUUACCCACAACAUAUCCCACUGAUGUACCAUCACUCCAAGAUCUGACCCCUUCAAAAUCAUGAGUUGGCCUCUCUGCUGAGCCACAGAAAAAGUCCUCCAUCCACAAGGCCAUGUGAGGUAAAUCAUUUCUGGUAAACUCAGAACUUUAUCCAAACUUUUUAAUUGUAGUUACAUGUGUAUCUGAGCAUAGAGUGUAAUCAGUCAGAUGUCCUUGGAUCAUUCAAAAUUAAUACAACACUCCAUUCUAGCUGUGUAGAGAGACCUUUAAGGGUUUGUACAUGAGUAACAAAAAAAACAUAGCCAGCAUAAAAGGAGGAUAGGAGGGGAUGCAAAAUUUUUGUCUGUAAGCAUUUGGAAUGAUAAGGACAGUUGGACAGGUGCUCAGGCACUAUUCCUCCAUACUAUUCAUUUAAGGAAAGUAUCAAAACCCUACAAAAAAUUAUCCCAGUAGGCAGAAAGCUUGAAAAAGGAAAUGUGUCUUGAAAACCACUCUGAACUAGAACUAGACUAAGACUAAGGAAAUGUUGUCCUCUAGGGAUACAGCCAUACCAUCAUGGCACCACAUCACACCUUCCUUACAAUGAACAGCCCACACUCAGUGGAAAGAACUUGAUAAAGGUUUACUAUAAUAUUACUAUAUACUAUAUUAGUAAGUAUUACCCAACAUUCACUAAUUUUCAAUUGUUUCCAGUCAGGGAAGGAACCAAAUCCUUGCUAUGCAGAUGUAUAACUAACAUUGACAACAUUCUGAUUCAUACCACCUCGUGAAGAUUGUAGGGCCACUGCUGAAGUGAAGAUUUCUUUUGACAUUUGGAGUUUGUUUCUGGAAAUCUAGAUUCAUUCUUUUUUAUUUUAUGACAGAAGGCCUUGACAGAAGGUUACUGACUUUUUGGCAACACAGUGUUAUCCUGCCAAAUCUUACUCCAAACACAGAUUUUUUUUACCUUGAAAUCUGGAGUUUUUUUUAUUUAUUGAGCAUUAUUUUUAUUUCAUAUCCAGAAUUUUUUCAUCAUUUCUUUUUAAUGCUCCCACCGCAUCCCCACACACACACACACACACACACACACACACACAGAC